AUGUCAUUCCUCGCCUCCGUCCGCUCAACAAUCACCCCUCGUCUGGCCCUCCGACCUAUCUCCGCCAGCAGCGCCUCUGUCUCUUCUCCCUUCCACACUUCCUCGGUCCGUCAGGGCCUCAAGGAGUCGGAUCACAACCGCGAAGAACUGCACAAAGUCUACGAAUCCUCGAAAGAAGAGCAACUGAGAAGCACCAAGGAGGGAAAGGCCCACUGGAAACAGGAAUUGGCGAGUAACAGUGAAGCUUCGGUCAAAGCCGAUCGCGGCGAUCUCGACGAACAUGUGGAUUUGAAGGAUUUGCAGAACAAGACGAAGCAUCUGCCUAAUGAGCAGGAUGCUAGUAAGAAAGGUCAAUAA